AUGAAGCUCUUCAUUGUCGGCCUCCUGGCUGCGGCCCAGCUGGCGUCCGCUCACUUCGAGCUCGUAUACCCGUACUGGCGAGGCGACUCGUUCCUGCCGCCUGCGUCGCAGUAUACUUUCCCAUGCGCGGGCGUCAACACCACCGCCGAAUCCAACGCCAACCGCACCCUCUGGCCCCUUGACGGCGGGUCACUGGUGAUCGACUUCCACCACCCGUGGACCUACGUCGCGUUCAACCUGGGCUUCGGGUCCGACAUCGCCACCUUCAACAUCUCGCUCAACCCGAUGCUGCUCAACGAGACGGGCAACGGCACCAUUUGCAUCCCCAAGUGGACGCUCCCCGCGGACCUGGGCAUUGUCGACGGCAUGGAUGCGUCGCUGCAGGUCAUCACGAUCGGAGACAGCGGGACGGCAUUGUACAAUUGCGCCGAUAUCAGAUUCAGCGCCAACGCAACGAUCCUCGCGAGCGAUCAGUGCCAGAACUCGACGGGCGUCGAAAUCUACCCGCUCGUCCAGCAGGAGGCAAACGGAUCGAGUGCGGCACAGGCCACGGCGACCGUCACAGUGACUGCGAGCGCUGGCGGAGCGGCAGCCACCAAUGCCGCGGCGAGGAUGAGCGCGCAGCAGAUGGCCGGCCUUGCGUGGAGCAUGGGGCUUGGCCUUGCCGUGGCAUUUGGAUUGUGCCUCUAG